UUAGGUUCUAAUUGGGUGGGUGUAUUUCGAAAAUCGAAUGUUUACCCCUUAAUAUGGAUCAGCUUCUUUUUCAUAUAUUUUGUUGCACCAAAAACUAUAUAUCUAAAUUUGCAUUGAUUUAAGGUUUCUGUAGUAUUCCUUAACAUAAGCCAUAAAUAAAUUAUUUUUAUAACUUUAAUUCCUUUUGAUAAUUAUCGAUAUCUCAAAUCAAGUUGUCAUCAUGAAUGAUCUGACUUUAUGUAUGAGGGUCCGUGACUAAAGAUACGUUAAUCAUCUUCAAUAUUGUCGUGAUUAAUAAAUUACAAACGCAUUUUAUCAAAAAAAAAAAAACUAAAUAAAUUUCAAACGCACAAUAUUUAAAAUAAUUUUACUAAUCAAAUCGCGUCGACAUAAUGCAAAUCAAUCACACGACAGCCAAACACAAAAGUGGUAAUAGUAUUGUAGAGUUAGGUUUCCGACUGGUGACUUUUUCGGGAAUACGAGGAGCGAAUAGAAAUGAAUGUAUAGAAAUAAUAUUGCAGGAAUGAAAAAGAAUAUUUGUUUCUUAUCAAAUUUAACAAGGAAUGCUUUUGUUAUAUAUUUCUCUACAAAAAAAAAGAAUGAAAAUGAACAAAAAGGAAAAAUUAUUCCUUGUAAAUAGUGAUUUUUUUUUGGAAUGAUAAGGAAUUCCCUCCGUUUCUUGGUCACCACUGGUUCUACUUCUAGCUAGUAGUUACACUGAGUUGCUAUCCACGACAUAAGAUUAAACCAGGAAGAGUUGCUUGAUUUUGUUCUGUCUUUGUUGGUCCAUAUAAUGAUAUUAAAUUGAGACUCAUUCAGUGGAAAUGCUGAUUAUGAUCUACCCAAGCCGGACUGGACUGGCUCACAAAAUAAUACAGAAGUUUACUUGAGAUACUUUUUUUUUGACAAUAACUUGAUGAUAGUUGACGUAACAUUGGUCUUUUUGGAAACAAUUUUUUUAUGCUAAGCAUGUAAAUAAUAUUUCAUGAAAUGAAAGUUGAAAUUUUACAAAGUGUGAUAAACAAAAAUGUAGAAUUUUUAUUCUUGGUGCCACAGCAAAAAAAGAAGAUAAAAACAUCCAAGGAAUGAAGCCUACAAGCUGGUCUGAAUAGUAUAAAACAAAUAAGAUAUGCAAGGCAAAAGAAUGAAGCCUACAAGCUGGUCUGAAUAGUAUAAAACAAAUAAGAUAUGUGAAAUAAGCUCUAAUAUUUUUCUUAUUUGUAAAUGAGAAGUAUGGUUGCAUAGGAUUCCAAGGAAUGACAUUUAACCAGAGAAUCUUACCUGAUUUCUUCAAAUGAAGUAAUCAUCACAAUUCUCCAAGGAGAGUACCAACUAGAUGUGACAAAUUUGUUGUACCGCGCUUUGUUACACAGUAUAUAUAUAUAUGAUGAUGAUCCUACAUGAAGAAAAUAAGCUUUCUCUACAUAAAAAAUAUGCGAAGACAUACUGUAUUAAUCAUUAUCCUUCUCCUUCAUACCUGCCUCUUUCUCGGCAUAAUUGUGACUCGGGAAUGCCAAGAAGUCCAUUUUAAAAGUGAACCUGAACAGAUCAGCACAAAAACGAAUUACGAAAGAUUGAUGCCAACUUGGGUUGAAGAAAAGAUGGGGCAUAAGCACCCAUCAGGACCUAACCCAACAGGAAAUCGCCACCCACCGGUCAAAGUGAAACCCUGAGUCGACAACAGUUUAACUAUUGCAGCAAAACGAUCUUAUGUCAAUCUCUUUGAUAUAUAUAUAUCUAGUAUAAUAAAUAGGGAACCGACGUUUGAUGAUUGAGAUUCCUUAAAGCUGUAGACUAUAGUUCCAAUGUAAGUGUAAAACAUAUGUACUCUGAUCAGUUACAUCAAUUGCAACGAAAAUAAAUUCCACAGAAGAGUGGAUGAACAUAAAAGAUGGAACUAUUUGUGAGGAGUUGAAUGAUUCUUUUGUUACCUUA